AUGGCCUCCUCCGCCUCCGUCCGCCGUGAUCGCAGCUAUCUUUUGCCCAGCAACCGCAGUAAACUCCGCAACCUCAGCAGUAUCUCGCUCCGAAACGUUACUCUCGACACUCCUGCUUCUCCGGCAGCUCGGAGACGAGGCAAGACCAUCGACGACGAUGCAUUGCCGAACACGCUUCAGUCUCCUGCGAAGCUUGUGGCGUUGAGAGAGCGGGAGAAUAAACGCGGCGCGCUGGAACACUCGCGGAGCUCGAGUGAUCUGAGGGCAGCGACUGGUGGGACUGCGGUUAGCGACGAUGGUGAUGAGGCUGGAGAGGAUGGUUUCGAGGGUCCAGAGAAUGGCAGUCCCUUGAAGUCCAGGGGUAAAGCAAGGCAGAGCCAGGGAACGAGACCACGGAUGCCUGGUCGUAUGCGUAGGCGGAGUACGCUGGAAUGGGCGCACUCUACGCCUCAGCGAAGGCAGGAAAGACUGGAGCGGGCUUUGGAGGAGAGGAUGGUUGAUGUCUUCUUCAGUCUACAUGUGCUUGGUGUUGAAGAACCGAUCUACGUGAGCGAGACUGUGGCAAAGACCAUGAACGCGACAUUUCGUCAUCUGGACCUAGAGACGUGCGGACCAGGCGUCCUACGAUCGCAACGGCUCGUGGUCAAGGUUUGGGUGAGGAGCAAGAAAGCCAAUGGUUGGAAACAGCUGUUGGAUCUUGACGUCCAUCUGGAAGGUCUUCAAUAUCUUGGAAAGAAUCUCGACGCUUUGGACAACCCUCUCCCACAGAAUGCGCUGCUGUUCCAUAUGACCGACGGGAUAUACAUGCCUCCAACAAGCCUGACAGCCUUCCGACCUGCACAUUCGGGUGCGCCGCCGUUACCCGCACGAUCAAUGAGUAGCCGGAUUCUGGCGACUUCUUCAUUCGAUGCACUCCUUCGUCUUGCAAAGCUGGACGACAGCAUUCAGGAUGCUCUUGCAACGAGGAACAAGCUGGCCCUAGACCUCGAGAACCUCCUCGCCGCCAACAGAGUAGUUCUCGAGGAGCGAGACAAGGUCGCCGAAGCACACGACCGCCUCAAGACGAUUGAGUACGCCAAGUCACUUGUGCAGAAGCAAGUUGACAAAGCCCGCAUUCAGAUCGACGAAAAGCGCGCUUCACUCUCGAAGCGACGUCAGCUGAUGUCACAGGACCUCUCCGCUCGAAAGCACCGGCUUUCUGAUAUGCAGGCCACCCGUAGCGACCUGGCGUUGUCCCACACUUCUCACGACGUGCUCCAAAAGGCCAUCCGCGGCCAGCGGCGCCGCAUCAUCUCGACUCUUCAGACCAUCUACCCAAUAAGUCCGCUCCCUAGCUCCAAGCCUCUCCAGUUCGCCAUUCGCUCACUUCACCUCCCGGACUCGGAUGCCCUCGACACGUCGCCGCCCGUCGACCCCUCAACAACACCAGAAACAAUUGCUGCUGCUCUUGGUUACGCUGCGCACAUUCUUCAGCUCUUGGCUUACUACCUACGCUCUCCCCUACCUUACCCGGUUACCCCGCGCGCCAGCUCCAGCACCAUUUCCGACCCCAUCAGCAAACUGCCGACUUCCGCUUCUACUACGCAGCGCUACGAGGAUGAAGUCAAGCUGCGCACAUACCCGCUUUACUCCCGGGGUGUACCAAGGUUUCGAUUUGAGUAUGCUGUUUUCUUGCUGAACAAGGAUGUGCAGAUUUUGCUGGAGGAGUGCUUUGGAGUCAAAGUGAUGGACGUGCGGCAGACGGCGGCGAACCUGGGACUUCUGGUCUACGUGGCGACAGCAGGGGAGGGGGAGUUGCCGGCUAGGAAAGCGGGUGGGGUCAGGGGUUUGAUGAGAGACAGAGGUGGAUCAUCUGACACGGUCGACGGUAAGAACGUAAAGGACGAUGGAGCGAGUGGCUUUAAAGGCAUUGUUCGGAAGAAGGCUGAGGGUAGAGAGGCUCCUACCGGAGGAGGUGGUAUAGCGAAGGGCGCUGUGGAGAGCUUGAGGAGGAAUAUGGGGCAGAAUGGGAGCUGA